GAGUAAGUCCAGCUGACCUGACUGAUUUUACUUUGAGAUGCCUUAUUCUGUCUGGAUGGAGGACGACAUAUAUUGACAAAUCACUGAAGAUUUAAAUGGAAACAAACUAUUUUUGACAGAACUUUUCGUUCCGGGGACAGUUUCCAGUUGUUCAGAGUUGGAGCUGUCUGCGGUGGAUUAGGGGAUCAGUACCUGCUGCAGGUGGAAGACCCUGUUGAACCAGGCAGCGGAGCGGAGCCUCCACCCACAGCCCGGAGACAGUCACAGCCGCUUAGAGACGACUCCAGACGAAAAACACAAGUCAGGAUCAACUUUUACCAACUUUUCUGACGCAUGGAAAUGUACCAGGAUGAGAACCACCAGGACGCGCACGAGUGUCCCGUGUGCUACGAGAGCCUCCAGGGAACCGAGCGCACGCUGAGCUGCGGACACGUUUUCUGCCACGACUGCCUGGUGAAGACCCUGGUGGGGAUCCACAGCGAUGGGAACAUCCGGGAGACGAUCGCCUGCCCCAUCUGCCGACACCUCACCUUCAUCAAGCGGCAGAAGGAGUCUCUUCUGUCCCUCGUUGCGGAGAAGGAUGCGGGUGAAGGCCAGACCCUGGAGGUGCCCGUCCCUCUGCCGCCGGAGCAGCUCCAGGGCGCGCGGCGCGCCUCCGGGAACCCCCGCAGGAACGGACUCAGCUGGAUCCCCCGCUGCCUCAGAGGCAUCUCCCAGCGGGUCCGCAGGCAGAGGCUGGUCAGUCCCGGGCACAACGCGUCGCAGAUCUUCAUCAUAAGCGCCCAGGGGAGGCCGAUGGCCGAGGAGGACUCGUUCAGCGUGGUGAUGACCGUGGUUCACCCGCAGCGCCGGCGGAGGCGCAGGGUGUGCUCCACCGCGCAGUGCCUGCUGGUGCUGCUCUCAGCGUUCACCAUCCUGGCUCUGGUGGCUGUGAUCUUACCCUGGAUUCUGCUGGCGUGACAAAGUGGAACAAAAUUCGAGUGGGGAACAAACAAGUGACUUUUAAAAUCUUCUCAAUUUGACUAACUUUAAGGAGUAUUCUGAAGAAUGAAACUAUUCAGACUACUUUUAUGAUAUUAACUGUGUUUUAAGGACAGAAUGUGGAUUUACAUCCAUGUUCGUGUCAUUUAUUGGCAUCACCAAGCAACUGAGGCUCUUUGUUUGACAUUCCUGUCUGUGACAUGUUGGACUGGUUUUUGUGAGAAGUUUAUGUUCAGAAAUGUAAAAAGAUAAGCAGUCGAAAGUGACCACACUGAAUGUAGAAUUAAAGACUUUAAUACUUUGAAUGUUCAAAGAAAGAAAAAAGAAGCUGUGAAAUGAAAUACAUUAUUGUUGAAGUUGUGUUAAUAUUAUCAUUAAAAUCCCUGUUUCCAAGCAGGAGACAAUAACUUGGAACACAGCCACGGAGCAACAACCUCUACCCCACUCUCCAAAUAGUUUGUCUGCUUUUCUCCUGUCAAGAACAUGACCAUGUUUCAUCUGAAGUGAGUUUGGUU